AUGUCCUCAUCUUCAUGUAUUGAAAGCAAUUCGACUGUGAUCAAACCUCCCAAGGAUAAUGUUUGGGAGGGUUUGACUGGUGAAGAAACAGCAUCUGUGGUCAAAUGGCUCUUUCAGCAAACUGACUUGAACCUGACUACCUCGGAGAAGGCCGGAGAAUGGGACAAUACAAUUCGCUACGCACAUGUUGUGCUUGACAAUCGCGCCAGCAUAAACCCUCAUUUCGCUGAUAUUUUGGUUGGGCCCCUGCCUAUAACCAAUCAGUCUGUUUGGGCACCUCUAGAGUUUCCUUACACCCGAAAAAGUCAGGGACAAGUACGAAAUCUCAACGCCGACUAUGACACUAUCUACUCUGAGUGGCUAUAUAAGAUCAGUGCAUCCAUUGCUGAUAUAACUAUAGAGCUGUUCAAUGGGACUGCACUAGGUUUGGAUAAUGAUACAAUUGAGAUAUGGGGUAUUGAUCCUAACUGGCAAGACGACGGGCGAAUUAUUCGCUGGGAUACUUUCUGGAACUAUCCAACAGAUGAGUUCGACUCGGGAACCCUCCUGCCACUGGGACUAUAUUUCAAAUCUGACGUGACUGGACGAGAUUCCUCUUUGUGGAAGCUUGAGGGCUGGCUGUACAAUGAUGUUUUCUACGAGACCACUGAUGCUUUCCGUGAGGCUUUUUUCUCACCGGGAUUCGUGAAGCUUAGACCCAAUACCGAAGGCGCGUGGGCGCGGACAGACCGACUUGGUCCUCUGUUGCCACAUGAUGAGCAACAGCCUCCUCAGAUGGUGGCUCCAUCUGGAGCACGGUACUCUGUCGACGCUGAUAGCAAGUAUGUUACAUGGAUGGAUUUUUCUUUUUACAUCAGUUUCUCCCGUGACACGGCUGUCUCGAUUUUUGAUGUUCGCUACAAAGGCCAGCGAGUCUUAUACGAAAUGGGCCUGCAGGAGGCACUGGCUCACUAUGCCGGCAACGAUCCCAUUCAAUCUAGCACUGCGUAUCUUGACUCCUACUACGGUUUUGGGCCAUAUUCCUUCGAACUGGUAAAGGGCUACGACUGCCCAUCUUAUGCCACUUAUCUCAACAGCUCAUUCUAUGUUACUGAGACUACACACACGCACAUUGACAGUCUUUGUCUGUUUGAGUAUGAUGCGGACUAUCCAAUUCAGCGUCAUAGUACGAAUCAAUAUGUGAGCAACACGAAGAAUGUGUACCUGACCCUCCGUUCUGUGUCGACGAUUGGUAAUUAUGACUACAUGAUUAGCUACACCUUUUAUAUGGACGGUACCAUUGGUAUUGAGGUUCGCGCAUCCGGUUAUAUCCAAUCUGCCUACUAUGCACAUAACGAGGAAUUUGGCUAUCAUAUUCACGACUCCCUGUCCGGCAGCAUGCAUGACCACGUGAUUAACUUCAAGGCCGAUUUCGACAUCAUGGGCGUCAAUAACAGCAUUGAAAUCACCACCAUUGCCCCAACCACUCGCAACUUCACCUGGUCUAACGGCAAGUCUCGAAACUCCAUGUCCCUGCAACGAAAGAUCCUCCAGUCCGAAGAUGAAGGGCGCUUCAACUGGGAUCCUAACGCAAUGAUGCACGUCAUCAACCAGGAUGCCCGCAACCCAUACGGUGAGUACCGAGGCUACCGUAUCUCUCCAGCAUUCGGCACCGCGCACUUGGCGGUCCUCGACUCGAGCAACCUCGUUAACGCAGCACAUUGGGCUGAGUACGAUGUCCAAGUUACGCAGCAGCAUGACUAUGAGCCGCGCUCUGCACACCCGUACAAUAACCAGGACGUAUAUGACCCACCUAUCAAUUUCGCGAAGUUCUUUGACGGGGAGUGCCUCAACCAGACCGACCUGGUUGUCUGGUUGAACCUGGGGAUGCACCACGUCCCGCAGACAGGAGACCUACCGAAUACGGUGUUCACGACCGCGCACACCGGUGUUCAGUUUUCACCGGUAAACUACCUGCUGGGCGACCCGAGUCGCCAGACAGUAAACAUGGUACGGGUUAAUUACGCAAAUGGAUCGGCGACAGCCGUAGAAACUUUUGGGCAAGCCAAUGGGCUCCGUGCAGUGGCAGUUGAGGACGUUGAGGCGGAGUUGUGGCAGUAUCACGGGGACAUCGUGGUACGGAAAUUCCCCUAUGAUCCAAACGAUCCGUAUUAUGAAAUGAAUGAAGAUGCGUAG